CCGCUCAACUAUGAAAAAAAGAAAUCAUAUACACUUAAUAUAGAAGGAGCAAAUACUCACCUUGAUUUCCGCUUUUCGCACCUGGGACCAUUCAAAGAUGUAACAAUGUUGAAGAUCAUUGUUGGUGAUGUGGAUGAACCUCCGCUCUUCACUAUGCCUUCCUACAUCAUGGAAGUUUAUGAAAAUGCAAAGAUCGGGACUGCUGUUGGUACAGUAACAGCACAAGAUCCUGACACUGCCAACAGUUUAGUGAGAUAUUUCUUUGAUCAUAACACAGAAGAAGAUAGGUAUUUCACUAUUGAUGCUAGUACUGGGACAAUUAAGACUGCCAAGAUCUUUGACAGAGAGGAGACACCUUGGUGCAACAUCACAGUGGCUGCUUCUGAGAUAGACAAUCCUGGGCUAGUGAGCCAUGUUCCAGUUGGUGUUAGAAUCCUGGAUGUCAAUGACAACCCUCCAGAGCUUGCCAGAGAGUAUGAUGUAGUCGUCUGUGAGAAUGCAAAGCCUGGUCAGGUAAUUCAGACUAUCACUGCAACUGACAAAGAUAACUCUGCAAAUGGGGCAAGAUUCCAUUUUUCCCUUGAUGAAGGGCUUUCUUUGAAUCCCAACUUUACUCUAAGGGACAAUGAAGAUAAUACAGCCAGUAUCCUGACAAGACGAAAGAGAUACAGUCGAACCACUCAGGAUAUCUAUUACCUCCCUGUUUUGAUUUCUGAUGGUGGAGUGCCCCCUCUCAGCAGCAGCAGUACUCUCACAAUUAGGGUUUGUGCAUGUGAGAGAGAUGGACGAGUGAGAACCUGCCAUGCUGAAGCUUUCCUCUCCUCGGCUGGCCUGAGCACGGGAGCUUUAAUCGCAAUCCUGCUCUGUGUUGUCAUUCUUCUUGCAAUUGUGGUCCUUUUCAUCACCCUAAGACGUAGCAAGAAGGAGCCAUUGAUCAUAUCAGAAGAAGAUGUCCGGGAAAAUGUAGUGACGUAUGAUGAUGAGGGCGGUGGAGAAGAAGACACAGAAGCAUUUGACAUCACAGCACUGCGAAAUCCAUCAGCUGCUGAGGAGCUAAAAUACAGGAGGGAUGUUCGUCCUGAAGUGAAGCCUGUGCUCAGGCAUCAUCCCUCCUCAAGCCUUGACAGUGUAGAUGUUCAGGAGUUCAUUAAACAAAGACUGGCAGAGGCUGAUCUGGACCCCAGCGUGCCCCCAUAUGACUCGCUACAGACAUAUGCCUACGAGGGUCGUAGAUCGGAAGCUGGGUCUAUCAGCUCUCUGGAUUCAGCCACAACACACUCCGACCAGGAUUAUAAUUUCCUUGGAGACUGGGGACCUGAGUUCAAGAAGCUAGCUGAACUAUAUGGGGAAAUAGAAUCAGAAAGAACAACUUAG